ACCAGGUCCAGGAUGGAGGAAGCCGGAAGUCAGGCUCUGGGAGUCACGGCGGGGACCUGGCUGUGGUGCUAGUGGCGAACCCGGUGUGUUCUUGCCCAGGGCAGUACCCGCCGCUGGGCUCUGGCCCGGGCAUUGGACCUGUUCCUGGGACGGGCAGUGCAAUCACUUGCCAGCGGAGGGCCAGGGUGGCUCAAAGUGUGAUCACAGUCUAGCCAUGGGAACCGCACUUGUGUACCACGAAGACAUGACGGCCACCCGGCUGCUCUGGGAGGACUCUGAGUGUGAGAUCGAGUGUCCUGAGCGCCUGACUGCAGCCCUGGCCCUUCUCCAGCAGUGGGGCCUGGAGAAGAGGUGCCUGCGCUUGUCAGCCCGGGAGGCCUCUGAGGCAGAGCUGGGCCUGGUGCACAGCCCUGAGUAUGUAGCCCUGGUGCAGAGGACCCAGGACAUGGACAAGGGGGAACUCCAGGCACUGUCUGGGCAGUAUGAUGCCGUGUACUUUCACCCGAACACCUUUCACUGUGCCCGGCUAGCUGUGGGUGCUGUGCUGCAGCUGGUGGAUGCUGUGCUGACAGGAGCUAUACACAACGGCCUCGCCCUAGUGAGGCCUCCUGGGCACCACAGCCAGAGGGCAGCUGCCAGUGGGUUCUGUGUGUUCAACAGUGUGGCUAUAGCAGCUGAAUACGCCAAGCAGAAACAUGGGCUGCACAGGAUCCUCAUCGUGGACUGGGAUAUCCACCAUGGCCAGGGCAUCCAGUAUAUCUUCGAGGAUGACCCCAGUGUCCUUUACUUCUCUUGGCACCGCUAUGAGCAUGGGCGCUUCUGGCCCUUCCUGCGAGAGUCAGAUGCAGAUGCAGUCGGGCAGGGGCUGGGCCGAGGCUUCACUGUCAAUUUGCCCUGGAACCAGGUCGGGAUGGGAAACGCUGACUACCUGGCCGCCUUCCUGAAUGUAUUGUUACCACUGGCCUUUGAGUUUGACCCGGAGCUGGUGCUGGUCUCAGCAGGAUUUGAUUCAGCCAUUGGGGAUCCAGAGGGGCAGAUGCAGGCCACACCUGAGUGCUUCGCCCAUCUCACCCAGCUGCUGAGUGUGCUGGCUGGUGGCCGGGUCUGUGCUGUGCUGGAGGGCGGAUACCACCUGGAGUCCCUGGCACAGUCAGUGUGCAUGACAGUGCAGGCACUGCUAGGGGACCCUGCACCCCCGCUGCCAGGGCUCCUGAUGCCAUGUGAGAGUGCCCUGGAGUCCAUCCAGAGUGUCCGGGCAGCCCAGGCCCCUCACUGGACAUGUCUUCAGCAAGAUGUACCCCCCACGCUGAAUCCCAGCACCUGCUCCCCAGAGGGGAGGUCCCUGCCUCUGCUGCCUGGAGGUCCCACACAUGAUGCAGCUGUGCUAAGCCCUCUCCUGGACGAGAAAGACUGGUCCACACCUCCUGUACGCACGGCUGUUGUCCUGACGGUGCCAGGUGCUGCCCUGGCCCUGCCCUCUGAUGUGCUCCAUCAAGAGGAAUCAGCCUUGAGGGAGGAGACAGAAGCCUUGGCCAGGCCACAUGAGUCUCUGACCCAGGACAAGGCCCUUGCUACACUUGGGAAGCUCCUGUCUCUCUUAGAUGGAAUCCUGGAUGGGCAGGUGAGCAGCGGCAUUGCAGCCACCCCAGUGCUUGCUGCAGUGGACAUCUUGGAUGUGGCUAUUCGGCGAGGCCUGUCCCGUAGAGCUCAGAGACUGCUCUGUGUGGCCCUGGGACAGCUGGAUCGGCCCCUGGAUCUUGCUGAUGAUGGGAGAAUUCUGUGGCUGAACAUUGGGGGCAAGGAGGCAACUGCCUGGUCUACAUUCCAUGUCUCCAUGCCAUUGCCAAGGACGACAGGGGGGUUCCUGAGCUGUAUCUUGGGCCUGGUACUGCCUCUGGCCUAUGGCUUCCAACCUGAUCUGGUGCUGGUGGCGCUGGGGCCUGCCCAUGGUCUACAGGACCCCUAUGCUGCUCUCCUGGCUGCAGUGCUUCGGGGACCAGCAGGGGGCCGAGUCUUGGCUCUUGUGGAGGAGGAAUCCACAUCGCAGCUUGUAGCCUUGGCCCAGGUGCUGCAUGGAGAGGCACCUCCCAGCCUGGGUCCCUUCUUGAUGGCCUCUCCGGAGGACAGUCAGUCUCUGAAGUACCUGAGAGCACAGCUGCAGCCACAGUGGAAGUUGCUGCAGGUGGCCGGUGAGGCCCGUGGGGAGGUGUGACCCUGCUUGAUGAGCUCUUUGGAGAGGCAGCUACACGGCACCAACCAAUAGUGCGCCUCUUCCCAGUCCCUCCUCCAGAGCUGUGCUCUCUGGUGGCUUGAGAUCGGCUAAGGUGGGCGACUCACACCUGGAAAUGAGCAGGCACAGGCCCUCCAAGGGCACAGUAGCCUGAGGCCUCCUCGCAGGCGCCUUGUCUGCACUGCCGCCCCAUCCGUGCUCCCUCACUCUCAAUCAGUAAA